UCGGGAGUAGAAGACAGGGGGACAUGCUGAUGGAGAUGAGACAUAAAUAUGGAAAUAUGACAGUUAGCUUAGAGUUUUUACUGUAGCACUGUGGAUGCGCUGGUUUCUACUAAGGUUGAAGCGUGGUGUUCAUGAGGACUUGAAUUGAAAGUGUUUUUUUCCUCAAUUAGAUAGCUAGGAAGGUUAGUGUGUGAGUUGGAGGGGGUCUGUUGCUGGAUUUGGAGAAGGAAAACAACAUGGCCGCGGUGGAGCUAGAAUGGAUCCCAGAGACACUGUACAACACUGCAAUAUCAGCAGUGGUGGACAAUUACAGUCGAUCGCGAAGGGACAUUCGCUCCCUUCCUGAAAAUAUACAGUUUGAUGUAUACUAUAAGCUUUACCAGCAAGGCAGGCUCUGUCAGCUGGGAGGGGAGUUCUGCGAGCUGGAGGUCUUUGCCAAAGUCCUGCGUGCCUCAGACAAAAGACACCUCCUGCACCACUGCUUCCAGGCUCUGAUGGACCACGGCGUGAAGGUGGCCUCUGUGCUGGCCAACUCCUUCAGCCGACGCUGCUCCUACAUUGCAGAGUCUGACGACCAUGUCAAGGAGAAGGCUAUCCAGUUUGGGUUUGUUUUGGGUGGCUUCUUGUCGGAUGCAGGCUGGUAUGGUGAAGCAGAGAAGGUGUUCCUGUCAUGCCUGCAGCUGUGCAUGCUACAUGAUGAGGUCCUUCACUGGUACCGUGCCGUUGAGUGUUGCGUCAGGUUACUCCAUGUCCGCAACGGCAACUGCAAAUACUACCUGGGAGAGGAGACUUUCAAGCUAGCUCAGUCGUACAUGGAUAAACUGUCCAAACACGGCCACCAGGCCAACAAGGCAGCGCUGUAUGGAGAGCUGUGUGCCUUGCUCUUUGCCAAGAGCCACUAUGACGAGGCCUACCGGUGGUGUAUAGAGGCCAUGAAGGAGAUCACUCCUGGCCUGCCUGUUAAAGUAGUGGUAGAUGUCCUCAGACAAGCCUCAAAGGCCUGUGUGGUGAAGAGGGAGUUCAGGAAAGCAGAACAGCUGAUCAAACAUGCUGUAUUUCUGGCGAGGGAAAAUUUCGGACACAAGCAUCCUAAAUACUCCGACACUCUUCUAGACUAUGGAUUUUACUUAUUAAAUGUUGAUAAUAUCUGUCAAUCGGUUGCCAUUUACCAGACGGCCUUGGAUAUCCGGCAGUCCGUUUUCGGGGGAAAGAACAUCCACGUAGCGACUGCACACGAGGACCUAGCCUACUCCUCCUACGUGCACCAGUACAGCUCUGGGAAAUUCGACAAUGCGCUCUUCCAUGCUGAACGUGCCAUAGACAUCAUAACUCACAUUCUCCCAGAGGACCAUCUGCUGCUUGCGUCCUCCAAGAGGGUCAAAGCUCUGAUCCUGGAGGAGAUAGCCAUCGACUGCCACAACAAGGAGACAGAGGAGCGCCUGCUGCAGGAAGCCCACGACCUUCACCUCUCCUCCCUGCAGCUGGCCAAGAAGGCCUUCGGAGAGUUCAACGUCCAGACGGCCAAGCACUACGGCAACCUGGGGCGUCUCUACCAGUCAAUGAGGAAGUUCAAGGAGGCUGAGGAAAUGCACAUAAAGGCGAUCCAGAUCAAGGAGCAGCUGCUGGGGCAGGAGGACUACGAGGUGGCCCUGUCUGUGGGACAUCUGGCCUCCCUCUACAACUACGACAUGAACCAGUACGAGGAUGCAGAGAGGCUCUACUUGCGCUCCAUCGCUAUUGGCAAGAAGCUGUUUGGGGAGGGCUAUAGUGGCCUGGAGUACGACUACCGUGGACUGAUCAAGCUUUACAACUCAGUGGCGAACUAUGAGAAAGUGUUUGAGUACCACAAUGUGCUGUCCAAUUGGAACCGACUGAGGGACAGGCAGUUUGCUGUGGCCGAUGCCCUCGAGGACGUCAACACCUCCCCUCAGCAGACCCAGGAAGUGGUGCAAGCUUUCUUAUUGGCCCAGAGCCUUGGACCAACUCGCCCAUGUCUUAGCUGAAGGACUUGGACAUGCACAUACACUAAACACACAUACACAGAAUCUACAGCCUCACAUGCCACCUCUUCUGGCUCUACCAAUUCUAUUUUGGCACCUUGUUUUGGACAAACCCACACAGGAAAGUCUGAUUUGGAGAAAAUACAAUCAUACAAAACAAAUUUAAAUACACACACAGUCACAUACAUGCAUACAUGUGGCAGCGUGCAACGUUGAUGGGACCUUCAAUCCGCCUGCUUUUACCAGUCCGGAGAGCCGGCUAUUUAUUAGACUAUUUUCAACCAAAGGAGUAAGAGAGCUCUUGGGAAGACAAAAAGACCAUGGCAUUCUUCACAUGCCUCUUUUUUUUUUUUUUUCUUCUUGGUUAGGACGUUUUUGGUUUCUGAAUCAAGUGCAGCUGACCAGACUGUCAGGUCCUACACCCUCUGAGACAAGACAUGCCAUGAAAUACCCAAUGUGCUUUUUUGCCAUGGCCUGUCAUAUACACUCUGUGAUCUCUGGACCACGCACACAACACUACUAGCUAUAUUUUAACCACUGUGGCAGACAAGGGAUGACGACAGAAGUUCCACAUGCUUUUGGUUACUUGUACAGUAAAACUAUGUUGGUUUCAUCUGAGCGGUUCAUAGCGUUAAAAAAAACGUUCCAGUCCUUCAGAAAGUAUUUGUGGUCCUUGAAUAUGCCCUCUUAUGACGUCCUGGAAAAUAAAGAAUUACUUUUUACACAAUUCGGCACAGUAAUUGUAAUCAGUGAAUUGUUUUGGACCAGUGGAAUUAUUGUGACAAUUACAUACCGGCUUUGAACUUUUUUUUUCUUCCAUUUGAUAAUGCCUUUAAGCUUAGUACUGACAGUUUAAUUUAUAUGCAAAGUCGGUGUAAUGUAGCCCUGUUUAAACUUUGAAGAGGUAUGCGCCAAAUGAUUUGGGACUAAAACUGGCCGUUAGGGCAUGGAUGGAACCAUGGGGGGGAGGAGAGAGCGGGUGUAGUGUCCUGAAGAGCCAGCAGUUUUUAAUUCACCACUUGUCUAUGUUGUGCUGUUCUUGCACGCUGGUGUGUGCAUUUGUGCAGGCCAUCAGUAUACAUUGAGCUUUGUGUGAUCCAGGGCUAUGUUGAUGGAUACCAGCCUUACACAAGUCUGUCUGUGUGUGUCAGAUAUUCACUCAGCGGACCCAUGCGAAAGUGCUGUAUUACAUUAUUCAGAAAAAAGCACUGAAAUUGGGGACCCAGGAUGUAUGUGUCUCUGACUGAUGCAUGUGACUUCUGUGUGCACUUGACCCUUAAUCAAUAUUUUUCAAUUUUUACAAUCUGUUACUGAAAUUAGUUUUUUUCUUUUCUGUAUCCUUUUCUCAGAAUCUCUGUAUUUGUGCAACUUUAUAUUAAGUUCUGCCUCAAUCAAAUGUCGCAAAAAAAGGUUCUUUAGAAAGUGGUUUUGUGCAAGCAUGGAGUUUUUGUCACAGUGCUCUUACAUUUACGUUACGUUAUGUCACAACUUUCUUCAAACUGUGAAGUUAGCGUUGUGCUUUUUUGUGUUAACCAGAGGGAAAAAAGCUCUGCCUUGCUCUCGCCUCAGUGCUACAAUGGACUGCUCUGUGCUUUGUCGCUCAACAGCUGUUGGACAUCCCUCUGCGGUGUGUUUGUCUCUGCAGCGCUAGAGUGCUGACUCCUCCACCUAGUCCCAGCUGAUGUCCAAGCCUUAGCCCUUAAAGGACGCUCAGCUCCACCAUAACGCUCUUCUCCCUGGCACCCUUGCAUACUCCUGAUAUGCCCCAGCUCUAACUGCAACCAAUGGCUGACUGUUAGAGAACAUAACAUAGAUUCGGAAAAACACAACUGCCAAGGAUGUUUUACUGUAGUUAGCUGAAAAUACUACUUCUAGGCCAUUCUCCCUAAAAGCGACAGACUGACCCCACCAUCUGUCUAGAACUGUGUUGGAACUGGCUUCCAAAUGGCUUGCAGAUACGAAUGUUACCUUUCGAAUGUAGCAAGGCAACUCAAUGGGGACGUUUGAAUGUGACAAUAAAAUGGCGGUCAGCUUUGAGACCGAUGUGAGAAAGGAAAUAGGGACUACUAUGUCACGGGGGACCACCUUACAAACAAAUAUGGAUACGCGGAUGAUGCUAAAUAAAGCUGUGAUCUCUCCAAACA